AUGGCAACAAUUAUAGUUAGCUAUGCGGCCGAGAGGUUUGGCCACAUUGAGAGCAGGAACACCAAGCCCAACUACAUGAUGAAUCGCAGAGCCACCCAGAUUCACAAGCUGCGUCAAGAGCUCCGUAGCCUCAAAAAACAACAUAAGGUGGCAAGUGAAGAAGAAAAGCAACCGCUUGCCGAGCUGCGUAACAUCUUGAGGAAGAAGCUCAUGACGCUGCGCCGGGCAGAGUGGCAUCGAAGGCGGGGGAAAGAAAGAGCAAGGAAGCGUACAGCUUUCAUCUCCAACCCCUUCGCCUUCACCAAGAGGCUACUGGGGGACAAACGCAGCGGUAAUCUCAUGUGCUCUACUGAGGAUAUAAACACCUUCCUGCAUAACACCCUGAGCGACCCAGAGAGAGAUCAGGAGCUCAGGCCACAGAGUGCCCUCAUAAGUCCUCAACCUCCUACAGUGGUUUUUGCAAUGAGGGAGCCCAGCUGGUCAGAGGUUCAGGAGGUGGUGAAGGGAGCCAGAACAGCAUCAGCCCCAGGCCCCAGUGGUGUUCCGUACACUGUGUACAAGCGCUGCCCGCAACUCCUUCGCCACCUUUGGAAAAUCUUGAGGGUUAUCUGGCGCAGGGGAAAAGUUGCAGACCAAUGGAGGUGUGCUGAGGGCGUGUGGAUCCCCAAGGAAGAGAACUCCAAGAACAUCAGUCAGUUUAGAACUAUCUCGCUGCUAAGUGUCGAAGGCAAGAUUUUCUUUAGCAUCUUGUCACGACGACUAACGGAGUUCCUUCUGAAGAACAACUACAUCGACACCUCUGUCCAGAAGGGAGGGAUCCCGGGAGUGCCCGGUUGUUUGGAACAUACUGGAGUGGUGACACAACUCAUCAGGGAGGCACGUGAAGGGAAAGGCGAUCUCACCGUACUAUGGCUGGAUCUUGCCAAUGCGUACGGUUCCAUACCUCACAAGCUUGUUGAGCUCGCCCUUCAACGACAUCAUGUUCCCAGCAAAGUCACAGACCUUAUUCUGGAUUAUUACCAUGAUUUCAGACUAAGAGUCACUGCUGGGUCAGGCACCUCGGACUGGCACCGGCUUGAAAAAGGAAUAAUAACAGGCUGCACCAUCUCAGUCAUCCUUUUUGCUCUUGCAAUGAACAUGCUAGUCAAGUCAGCAGAGGUAGAGUGCAGAGGUCCCUUGAUGAAAUCAGGAGUGCGCCAGCCCCCAGUAAGAGCCUUCAUGGACGACCUGACGGUCACCACCACAUCUGUCCCGGGCAGUAGAUGGAUUCUCCAAGGCCUAGAGAAGCUCAUCACCUGGGCAAGGAUGAGCUUUAAACCGGUGAAAUCAAGGUCUCUAGUGCUCAAGAGGGGAAAAGUAGUGGACAGGUUCCGCUUCUCACUGGCUGGAGUCACCAUUCCAUCUAUCACAGAGCAGCCAGUCAAGAGCCUUGGUAAGUACUUUGACUGCAGCCUAAAAGAUGCUGCUUCCAUCAAGGAAACCAGCAAAGAUCUCGAGGCCUGGCUGAGUCGGGUUGAUAAAUCAGGUCUGCCAGGGAGGUUCAAGGCCUGGAUUUACCAGCAUUCCAUCUUGCCCCGGAUCCUGUGGCCUCUGCUGGUGUACACAGUACCCAUUACAACAGUCGAGGCCAUGGAGAGGAAGAUCAGCAGCUACCUGCGUAGAUGGCUUGGUCUACCACGCAGUCUGAGCAGCUCUGCACUGUAUGGCACCAGCAACAUCCUGCAGCUCCCAAUCAGCGGCCUCGCUGAAGAGUUCAUGGUGUCCAGAACACGAGAAGUGUUGCAGUACAGGGAAUCCAGAGAUCCAAAGGUGGCAUUGGCUGGAAUCCAGGUGCGAACAGGCAGGAAAUGGAGGGCAGACAAGGCUCUGGAGGUGGCCGAGUCCCGACUGAAGCAGAAAGCACUGGUGGGGUCUGUAGCCACAGGGCGUGCAGGCAUUGGCUACUUCCCAACAACCAGGGUUGACAAGGCCAAAGGCAAAGAGCGGCAACAUCUCGUUCAGGAGGAAGUGCGGGCAGGUGUGGAGGAAGUGCGAGCCAGCAGGAUGGUAGGAAUGGGGCAGCAAGGAGCAUGGUCUAAAUGGGAGAAUGUUCUGCAGCGUAAGAUCACCUGGGCUAACAUCUGGAAAGCAGACUUCCACCGCAUUAGGUUUUGCGUCCAGGCCGUUUAUGACGUCCUACCAAGUCCAGCCAACCUCCAUGCCUGGGGCAAAAUUGAUACACCGUCCUGUCCCCAGUGUUCAGGACGGGGAUCCCUGGAACACCUCCUCAGCAGCUGCCCAAAAGCCCUUGGAGACGGGCGCUAUCGCUGGCGCCACGACCAGGUGCUUAGGGCAGUUGCCGACAGCAUAGCUACUGCCAUUAAUAACAUCAAGGGCCACGAUAAGCCGAAAACCAUCACGUUCCACAGAGCUGGAGAGAAGCCCAUUACACAACCACGGGCAAAGGCCGGUCUCCUCACCUCCGCCACAGACUGGCAACUGGAAGUGGAUCUUGGCAAACAGCUAAAGUUCCCAGCCAGGAUAACACCAACACAGCUUCGACCAGAUAUGAUCAUUGUGUCAGAUUCCACCAAGCAGUUGAUCAUUCUGGAGCUCACAGUGCCCUGGGAAGAGCGGAUGCACGUGGCCAAUGAGAGGAAGCGUGCUAAGUACCAGGAGCUGGUGGAAGAGUGUAGGAGGCAAGGCUGGAGAACUCGCUGUGAGCCUCUGGAGGUGGGCUGCCGAGGAUUUGCAGGGCAGUCACUCUGCAAAGUGUUCAUGAUGUUGGGCCUCACUGGGGAGGCUUAG